AUGAACUCUUCCCCAACUUCUUUUGUGGUCUUGUUCUUCAUCGUAUCCUUGUUUCACCAGCUUCCUUGUGAUUUAAGCAAACAAGGACUUGGCUGGUGUGAAAAUCUCUUUCAGUGUGGAGAUAUCACCGCUGGUUACCCCUUCUGGGGAGGAAAUCGUCUUAAACCUUGCGGUCAUCCAUUGUUGGAACUUCACUGCAACAAAAACGCCACUUCUUUAAUCAUGUCAAACCAAGAGUACCAUGUUCUCCAAAUAGAUCAACCUUCUUACACUCUUAGACUUGCAAGAUCAGACCUUCUAGGUCCUUUUUGCUCCGCCAAAUUCACUACAACAACCUAUUUCCCCGAGGUGUUUGAGAGUAGAGGAGCCUACAAGAGCCUCAUCGUCUACUACUUCUGCGACCCUCGUCUUAAUUACGUUUCAAGUUUUACAUGUCCUGAUUGGGGUCUAGUGUCAAUUUCUCAAAACCCUGAUUACCAGUAUUCCUGUCAAAACAGUUUCACGGUGCACGUUCCAGAGAGUUUCGUUCCAAAUGAGAAUAAGUUGAAUUUGACUUCCCAUUUGGAAGCUGUCCUAAGAGAAGGGUUUGAGUUAGGGGUGCCGACCGCUUACUAUCCGUGUCAAGAAUGUUUAUCCUCUGGAGGAACCUGCGGUUUUGACGGUAGCAAACAGGUUUGCUGUAAGGAAACCUUGGCAUCAGGAGUUCAAUGCGAGAUACCGUAUUCUUUGGAUGACGAGACUUUCCUCCUUUGCAAUGCCCAGUUUAGCUGCGGCAAUCAGGAAUACACUCUCUCUUAUCCUUUCUGGGUUCCUGGAAGAGAAGAAUGCGGCCACCCUGACUUCAAGCUCAACUGUAGCAGAGGAUUCCCAGAGUUUAACAUUGCCUCCAUGAAGUUCACAAUCUUAAAGAGCGGUUUGCACAAGGCAAGUGUUGCCAGAUCAGACUAUAUCAGCAAUGUUUGUACCCUAGAUCCUGUAGAUGUGCCAUUCAACUGGAGUGUCCUACCACUUUCUCCUGACACUGAGCUGCUUACGUUAUAUUACGACUGCCCUUACACUGAUCUCCCAAGUUACGUUGAAUCCCUUGGAUGUGUAAACCAUGGCUAUAGUUAUUAUGUGACGAAAAACAUCUCGUCCCUUCCAUUAACUGCAGAAUUAAAAAACAUGCAGCUGUUGUGCAAAAGAAACGUCACUAUUCCUGCAUCUGGACCAGCGUUGAUCACACUGAAAAGAGAUCCAACUCUACCUAAUCUGAGGAAGGCGAUCGAACAGGGCUUCGUGUUAGGAGUUGACUCUGAUUGUUCCACGUGCGAUGAUUCUUGGGGUGUUUGUGGAUAUAGUCAGAUCUCAAAUCGGUUUGUCUGCCGUUGUAUGAAUGGGUCGCAGGGCGAUUGUCGUGGACCUAUAGAGAUAAUAGAUCGUGGCGACUUUUCAGGAGCAGAAACAGGUUCGGUAACAUGUGUUAUUCUGUUUGCGUUAUUGGUCUCAUUGAUACCUCAUUUUCUACGUCUCCAUGAGAAAAAAACACUAGAAAACUUGAGACAAACGGAACUCAUGGCCCAUAUUCCGCUGCAACGCUAUAGCUUUGCACAAGCGAAAACAAUUACAAAUUCAUUUGCGGAAGAGAUUGGGAAAGGAGGAUUUGGAACUGUCUAUAAAGGAACCCUUUCGGAUGGCCGCAUGGUUGCCGUGAAGGUCUUGAAAGACGCAAAGGGUAAAGGUGAAGAUUUCAUCAAUGAAGUUGCGAGCAUGAGUAGAACUUCACACGUCAACAUUGUGUCCUUGCUUGGAUUCUGCUUUGAAGGUUCCAAGAGAGCAAUUAUCUAUGAAUUUGUAGAGAAUGGGUCUCUUGAUAAGUACCUCUCAAGUAACAUAUCGGUGGCUAUGGACUGGAAGGCACUGUAUGAGAUCGCCCUAGGAGUUGCUCGUGGUCUAGAAUACUUGCACCAUGGCUGCAAAACAAGGAUUAUACAUUUCGACAUAAAACCACACAAUGUAUUGUUAGAUGACAGUCUUUGUGCCAAAGUUUCAGAUUUUGGCCUCGCUAGGCUUUGUGAGAAGAAAGAAGAUAAGUUAACAAUCCUGGAGACAAGAGGCACAGUAGGGUACACUGCACCAGAGGUAGUCUCCAGAGCUUAUGGGGAUGUAUCUCACAAGUCAGAUGUAUACAGCUACGGGAUGUUGGUCCUGGAAAUGAUAGGAACAAGGAACAAAGAGAGAGCUGGUCAAGAAUUGGGUUCUAACGUAGGUUCCAUGUCCUUUCCUGACUGGGUGUAUAAAGAUCUUGAAAAAGGAAAGUAUGGAAACCUUUCCGGGAAUGAAAUCAGCAGCGAAGAAGAGGAGAUAGCAAAAAAGAUGACAUUGGUGGGUUUGUGGUGUAUUCAGUACUCUCCAACAGAUCGCCCACCGAUGAACAGAGUAGUAGAGAUGAUGGAAGGAAACGUGGAUGCUCUUGAAGUCCCUCCUAGCUCAUUUUUGAAGGAUAUUCGAGCAGCACCUCUUUCAGAAUCUACUCCGCUUUUAGAGAAGAGUUCAAGAACUUCAAACACCUCUGAGGUAAUGUGGUCUGCUCAACAAAGGUUUUAA